AUGGAGCAGACGGACGGUGCAGGGGGCGUGGAGCUGCAGAAGGAUCCUGUAGUACACGAGGACGUCUGGGAGAGCAUAAAAUCAGUGACAAACGCCAAGCAGUUCGCUGCCGUGUUCCGGCUGACGGAGGACGAGUCGGAGAUCAUUCCGGAGACGUCGUUUGACUGGGCGGAUGGCGGACUGUGGCCAAAGUUGCUCGCUCACUUCAGUCCUCUGGAUCAGGACAUUCGUUGGGCUGUUGUUAACCUGCCGUACACAACAGACAGCGGUGGCAAGCGUAACAAGGUGGUCUUCAUCACAUGGGUGCCGGACACCCUGACGAGGAAGAGCAUGCGCGAGUCUGUGCGCGUGAAGUUCAACGGAGUCCAGUUCGGCACGCCUAUGCGAAAACAGGCAUCCAAAAGCGGUGCGUCGUUGUACCAAGCGAACGAUUUGGAUGACCUCACCUUAGAUUCGGUCCUGUCGAAAGUGACGCGUUUUGAGCGGGACGAGAUCAACAAGGAGAGUUUGGCAAUGCUACGCUGA